CCUCGAGGAAAUUCAAAUUGAUCUGCAGCCCCGAGAAACAGCACAAUGGCCAAAGAGUCCCUCAUUGCGAUGACCAAGUUGCUAAGGUCGGUUUUGGUUAGCUGAGACCACCGGCAAGCUUACGACCAUCUCUCGUGCCAUCGUACGUUGGGUGCGGUUGUGCCAAAUGACCGAAUGAAGAUACAAAGAACCUCGAAUCCGAAACAUGCAAUCUAUUUCUAAACGGACAGAUAGGAGGCCUUUCCUGCCGGGGCCUUAUGGUCCUGUAUCACAUCGUCCAAGCGCAGCGAUCGUGCAAAAGUUUGACUCGGAAUCGGGACAGGUGUACUCUGAAGUAGAAGUACGUCCACAUCGAAACAAGUACUCGGACUGGAUUGGUAAGCCCAGAACAGCCGGUGUGUUCAAGAAGCCACCUGCGAAUCCGACCGGUGCCCGUUCUUUGGCGGCUAUGUCGAGGAUCAAAGUUGUUACCCAGUUCAGGAAUCUGACUCCCGAGCAUUUUGCAACGGUGCCGUGGUCAAUAGCGCAGAAGGUCUGGGACCAAACGUUGUCAAUGCGAGCGGAGAGUUUCCACGCUUGGAGAACUCUGGCGACGGCAUAUCCCAGUCCAGAAGAGUUCGGAAGGCAUGAAUAUCGUUACCUCUUGGACAUUAAGUUUCUGGACAUGCCAGUCACGGAUUAUUUCAACGGCCUCACGUCUAAGGAAUUGAAGUGGCUUACUUGCCUCCGAAUCUCCUCGAAGGAGAUGGCGACGAGCAGCCUUGUAUCGGUACAUACUAUAACCAACCUCGCUGUGCUUGAUCUUUCGGACGGCCAGGCCACGAUUGACAACGGAGUUUCCAAAUUUGACGAACGCGUCCUACGUUCUUGGGCAGAGCUUGCACGCUCGGGAGAAACUUUUCAGCAUCUGCGGGUAAUAAUGUUUGGUUGGCAGGAACAUCUAUCGGACUGGAUCUUCAAAUACGCAGACUGCUUUCCAUCUUUAUGCCACAUCAUCGUCACAGACUGUCCGAGGAUGCACCAAAAGAACAGAGGUUUGUGGGAACCAACAGCGCAAGCCGCAGGAUGGGAAGCAAGGCAUGCCAAAAAGAGUGCCAAAAGCCUCCGACCAAUUAUUGGAGAUCGGGACUUUGCUUUUGGCUCAAUCUCGGGUUGCUACUAUGACAGUUUGGAGCUCUUCAGUCAGUUGGUGCACAAUCGUCGACCCAGCCUGACUGACAAGCGACCGCUCCUAGAAGUGUGGAUGGGCGGUCCUCGACAGUGGUCGCACAUUGUCGACGACUUCCCUUCGACAAGGACGAUUUUUCUGGAGAAUAUCAAGACACAGAGCUGGAAGGCCCAAGAAUGGCCUUCUACCACCAACAGCAAUGGGGAUCCGGCGAAGAGAGCGAGAAACCAAGAACCAGCAACCCCUGGGUCCGCAUCGCCUCCUCCGAAGCGAGGGUCGAGAGCAAAACCUACGGCGAAGGCGAGCGGGAAGAAUGUUACGGACAUGCUGAAUGAGUUCGCGACACAGAGGUGAUCUCAAUGAGGACGCUGUACUCCGUGUUGAGUUCGGUUCCUGGGUAUCUAUUUGAGCCCAGAGUAUAUGCAGAUGUUGAAGUAGGGUUUCCGAUCACAGAGACAUUUGUCCACAAAGGCCAGGCCUCACCACCGUCUGAGUAGUUAACCAAGCCAAUAAUCAUGUAGCCUGG